AUGCAGGCAGAGCAAGAGAGGCAGGAUGCAGACUUGUCACAGGCACAGCUUGAGCUUGAGUCUUGGAGCAGCAAGAUAGAGGAGUUGGCCAAUGCUUUUGCCUCCGAUGAGAAAGAUCUCAAGGAGGCCGAAAAUCUCCGAGUCAAGGAUUCCAAGGUCUUCAUUGAAGCGGAGAAGGGGCUUUCUUCAACUGUGGAUGCCUUGGAUCGUGCGGUUGGCCUUCUUGGACACGAGCAGCGUAGGGCUACCCAAGGCAGUGCACUUUUGCAGAUGGAGGAGAACGGAACACCUAUCGUGGAAGCCUUGUCGGCGAUUGUAGAGGCAUACGGGGUCAAAGUGGAUGAUCAGCACCAGUUGCAGGCAUUGCUGCAAGGCUUGCGAGCAGAGACAUCGGAAGAGGAAGCAGAAGAUGCUGCGCUGAACACGGCCUUUGGUGUAGAGCCUGCGACCUCCAAGUCGCGGAGUCGCCGUCUCAUCGGGGUACUGAACGAAAUCCUGGAGAAAGCUCAGGGCGAGCUCGAGCAGCUGCGGCGCAAAGAGCAGAGAGAUCUGCACAACUUUGAGCUGCGAAAGCAGUCACUGGCUGAUCAGAUGGCCUUCAAGAAGCGAGACUUGGCUGCUGCAAAGGGAACCCGUAGUGAAGCUUCCCAAAGGAAGGCAGCGUCUGAGAAGCUCCUUGCGGCUGCUCGGUCCGGUAUUGUUCAAGCUGCUGCCGCCCUUGAGGACUUGCAAAAAUCUUGCCUCCAAAAGGCAUCCAAGUUCGAGGAGGAGACUCAAGCAAGAACCGAGGAAGUUCAUGCGCUGCAAGAAGCAAAGGAUGCCAUUUCCUCGAGGAUGCGAGGCUCGUUGUCAUUUCUCCAGCUUCAACACCAGCGCUUCAAGACAGUCCCUGAAAGCUUUGCUACAGCAAUGGCGGCGGCAAGAGCGGUUAGGCGACUUGCCGUUCGAGUGGAUUCACCAUCGCUCAUUGAGUUGGCUGGUCGGUUGGACUACGUUGCCAAAGAUCGGUUUGGCAGCUCAGCGGACGCCUUGAACAGAGUCAGAGGUCUGAUCGAAGAUAUGAUUGGCCGCCUGCAGUCGGAAGCCCACGCAGAAGCUGAUCACCAGGCUUUCUGCGACAAGGAGAUGUCUGUCGCUUCGGUGAAGCGUGACGAUAAGCAAUCAGACGUUGACAAACUUUCGACGAAGAUGGAAGAAGCCAGGUCAGAGCUCACCCUUUUGUCACAACAGUCUUCGAGACUGCGGCAGGAACUAGCUGACCUCGCGCAGUCAAGCGUUGAACUGGACAAGGUCCGGCAGGAGGAGAAGGUCUUGUUUGAGAAAGCGCACAAAGACACGCAGGAAGGCUUGGAGGGAUUACGAGUGGCUUUGCAGGUGUUGAGAACGUUUUAUGCCAAAAUUGGUGGCACUGGCCGGAGUGGCCAUGCUGUCUCGACGUUAGAGUUCGCAGCAUCCGAGAUGCGCAAGAGGGCAAUGGAAUUGGAGGCCCGCGAGAGCCAAGCCGCUUCUGAGUACACGCGGAUUACGACUGACAAUGGCGUCAUGCAAGCGUCCAAGCAGCAUGAGGCAGAAGCUCGGACAGCCGACGUCAGUGCUUUGCAGAAGCUCCUCAACGAGCUCAGCUCGGACCACGCAGCUGCCAAAGAGGAGCUGGAUGCUUUACAGGACUUCACCGCCAAACUACAGGAUCAAUGCGUGGCCAAGCCCGAGCCAUACGAGGAGCGAAAGCAAAGAAGAGAGAAUGAAAUCAAUGGGCUCAAGGAGGCCUUGGCAGCCUUGGACGGCAGCAAACAGAUGCAAGUCGGUAGCAGCACCUCCGUUAACACAGUCUUUCUCCAAUUGAGAGGCAGUGUGUCUCAAGCGGCAAAUAGGCUUGGCAGCCUUUCCCACAUGCGAUGA